GAGAGGGAUGCGGGUAUGGUAGUAUUGUGGUAUGAAGAGAAAGAGAGAGGUAGGUUUGAUUAGGGUAGGGUGGAGAGAAGAGGAAGAAAGUAUAUAUAUACGAGAUGUUGGUAGGAAUACUAAAGCUAUGAUAUCGAAUAGGUCUGUGUACUUUACCCCUCCGGUUUCAUUGCGUUUCUCUCAAGUGGACAUCCGUAUCCAAACUCUAUAUUCUAGUUUCGAGCGCGUUACCAUUUUGAAGAACUUUGCUGUUGUAUUUAUUUCCUUGAUUUUGUUUGCUUGUUGUUUUGUUCUUUUUUGGUUUAUCAUAUAUAUAUCGGAUUGUUUAUUCGAAAAGGAUUCGGGAAUCUUUUUAUUUCGUCAUUCGUCUUAUCUUUUUGGUUCUUCUAUUUCCAUCUGAUAUUAGGUAGAGGAGUUCGGACGAACGAAAAAGAUAAAGUCAUGUAUUCGUAUUCAUCAUGGUCUAGUUUUGCGCUGCUGGCCAGCUUGUUGGGGAAGUUGGAUGCGUAUCCUACACAAUCGUUUCUUGGGAUAAGUUCGCCGGAAUCUCACUCACUCUCCACCCACCACCAACAAUCCUCACCACAGCUACCACCCAAAAGCCCCCGCACCCUCUACACAACCCCAUCUUUCUCCUCUCCAGAUCUCCACUCCUCCCGCUCCGGAACUAUCAACGUCCGUCCCCCCAUCUCCCACACUUCCACCUCCUCAUCACCCAUCUCUAUCCCCUUCACCCUCACAUCCACUUGUCCCAGCCUGCACCUCGACUGGACCUGUCUCACCACCGAUCUCCUCUCCAAUCUCCUCCACCUCUACCCCUCUGGCCCAACCUCUAGUCCCUAUUACACAUUUUCACCCGGCACUCCCGCUCAAGACUCAUCCUCAUCCUCCCCAUCCCAAGACACCUACACCAUCUCCUCCAGCAUUCUCCUCCCCGCCAAAACCGAAGGAACAGAAUUCAAAUCUUCCCUCUACAUCUCCAUUUCCCCCGCUUCCCACGCCGGUGUCGCGGGGAUAUCAAAAGGGGAAUGGAGAAGUUUUAUCGGGUUGCUGCAUGGGGUUAACCAGGGCUUGGAGCGAGAAAUGAAGGGAAUGGGAUGGGGAAGAUUAGCAAUGGAGGGAGAAUUUCCUUCUCUGAAAACUCCCUAUUCUGAGAAGAAGAACGGUGGGAAUGGAGGAGCGAGGAAAGAAAAGCUGGGACCUUCGGAUAUUAUUUUUCCUUCGCUUUCCGAGGAAAAAUUGGCGUAUCCACGUGAAGUGGUCAAAUCUCGGGGAGAAGAGAACCAAGAAUUGAAAACGAAGAUGGAGGGAAAAGAGGAAGAAGGAAUCUCCUUCUCGUAUAAAAUCACAUGGGUAUACUACGGCAUGACGAGAGAUGCGAACGGGAAGGGGAUACUGCGAGAAUGUGAACAGAUGCCUGAGGAAGUAGAGAUGGAUUUCGAGAGUGAGGAGUCUGGAAAGAAAAUGGCUAUUGGCGAGGAGAAAGAAGAAGAAAAACAAGAAAAGAAAGAAGAGAAGAGUGGAGUAAAGGAGGGAGAGGAAGAGCAGAUGUGGAAGAUCGACUUGUAAAAUAUUGUUAUGGCAUGCAUUACUUUGGAGAUUAUCGGAUGGGAUGGGAUAGAUAAGAUGAGAUAUCCAGAGAAGAAGGAGUAUGGUGUACUUGUUACUGGGUUUGAGUUGUCAUAUACCUAACUAAGGAUUGAUAUGUAUUAUGCAGAUAAUGAAUAAAAGAAUAUAUCACACGU